AUGAUCUGCUGUCCAGUCUCAAGCAGGCUUAUCACCAUCCGCUUGAGGUCAAGUCCAUUUAACAUCACAAUUAUACAGGCCUGCGCCCCUAACCCGGACUAUGAUGAUGAUGAUGCAGUUGAGGACUUCUGUGACCAUCUGCAGGAAAUCUUGGACCAGUCCCCUGAGAAAGACAUCCUUGUUGUGUUAGGCGACUGGAAUGCCAAUGUAGGAGAGAAUGCAUUCAAAAACUGGAAAGGCACUUGUGGACGCUACUGCAACCCAGAGACAAACGAGAGAGGUCUAAAGCUUCUGGAGUCUGCUUGCGACAACGAUCCUGUGCUGGCGAAUACACUUGGCAAACACAAAGUAUCCAGAAGAUGGACAUGGCACAGU